GGAUCCCCCGCAGCGCUAACCAAGGUCCCCUGCCCCAGCUACAUCUACGACUUCAACCAUCAAGGUAUUGGGGUAUAGAUAGGCAACACACUUGCUAUAUUCAUGGGGUCAGAUUUACUAAGCGUUUGCACCAGGUGCAAAGUUUGCAACCAUUUUUUUUAGAAAGGUAUAAAACCCCAAAACAAAUUUUCAUUUACACUUUACCUUAAAGCUAGAAUAUUUAGUUGCUAUAUCCAUUUUUGAAAUUAAUUAUAUAUACAUUUUAGUCAUUUAGCAGACGCUCUUAUCCAGAGCGACUUACAGUUAGUGAGUGCAUACAUUAUUUAUUUUUCAUACUGGCCCCCGUGGGAAACGAACCCACAACCCUGGCGUUGCAAACGCCAUGCUCUACCAACUGAGCUACAUCUCUGCCGGCCAUUCUCUCCCCUACCCUGGACGACACUGGGCCAAUUGUGCGGUCGCGGCCAGCUACGACAGAGCCUGGAUUCAAACCAGGAUCUCUAGUUUACUCAUUGAUUCUUGAAGAAUAUACACUGAGUAUACAGUCGUGGUCAAAAGUUUUGAGAAUGACACAAGUAUUGGUCUUCACAAAGUUCGCUGCUUCAGUGUUAUGAGAUAUUUUUGUCAGAUGUUACUAUGGUAUACUGAAGUAUAAUUACAAGCAUUCCGUAAGUGUCAAAGGCUUUUAUUGACAAUUACAUUAAGUUUAUGCAAAGAGUCAAUAUUUGCAGUGUUGACCCUUCUUUUUCAAGACCUCUGCAAUCCGCCCUGGCAUGCUGUCAAUUAACUUCUGGGUCACAUCCUGACUGAUGGCAGCCCAUUCUUGCAUAAUCAAUGCUUGGAGUUUGUCAGAAUUUGUGGGUUUUUGUUUGUCCACCCGCCUGUUGAGGAUCGACCACAAGUUCUCAAUGGGAUUAAGGUCUGGGGAGUUUCCUGGCCAUGGACCCAAAAUGUUGAUGUUUUGUUCCCCGAGCCACUUAGUUAUCACUUUUGCCUUAUGGCAAGGUGCUCCAUCAUGCUGGAAAAGGCAUUGGUCGUCACCAAACUGUUCUUGGAUGGUUGGGAGAAGUUGCUCUCAGAGGAUGUGUUGGUACCAUUCUUUAUUCAUGGCUGUGUUCUUAGGCAAAAUUGUGAGUGAGCCCACUCCCUUGGCUGAGAAGCAACCUCACACAUGAAUGGUCUCAGGAUGCUUUACUGUUGGCAUGACACAGGACUGAUGGUAGCGCUCACCUUGUCUUCUCCGGACAAGGUGUUUUCCGGAUGCCCCAAACAAUCGGAAAGGGGAUUCAUCAGAGAAAAUGACUUUACCCCAGUCCUCAGCAGUCCAAUCCCUGUACCUUUUGCAGAAUAUCAGUCUGUCCCUGAUGUUUUUCCUGGAGAGAAGUGGCUUCUUUGCUGCCCUUCUUGACACAAGGCCAUCCUCCAAAAUAUGCAAAUUGCCAUCAUCAAAACUGAGGCAGCAGACUUUGUGAAAAUGAGUAUUUGUGUCAUUCUCAAAACUUUUGACCACGACUGUACAACACAUUAAGAACACCUACUCUUUCUAUGACAUGACCAGAUGAAUCCAAUUGAAAGCUAUGAUCUCUUAUUGAUGUAACUUGUUAAAUCCGCUUCAAUCAGUGUAGAUGAAGGGGAGGAGACAGGUUAAAGAAAUAUUUUUAAGCCUUGAGACAAUUGAGACCUGGAUUGUGUAUGUGUGCCAUUCAGAGGGUGAACGGGCAAGACAAAAAAUGUAAGUGCGUUUGAACGGGGUAUGGUAGUAGGUGCCAGGUGCACUGGUUUGUGUCAAGAACUGCAACGCUGCUGGGUUUUUCACGCUCAACAGUUUCCCGUUUGUGUCAAAAAUAGUCCACCACUCAAAGGACAUCCAGCCAACUUGACACAAUUGUGAGAAGCAUUGGAGUCAACAUGGACCAGCAUCCCAAGCAAUGUACACGUAAUGGAUUUGACAUAUUGAAUGGUUUGAUGAGCAUGAAAACGAUGUAAACCAUAUCCCAUGGCCGUCUCACUCACCAGAUCUCAGCCCAAUUGAACACUUAUGGGAGAUUCUGGCGCGGCGCCUGAGACAGUGUUUUCCACCACCAACAAAACACCAUAUGAUAGAAUUUCUUGUUGGAGAAUGGUGUCGCAUCCCUCCAAUAGAGGUACAGACACUUGUAGAAUCCAUUCUAAGUUGCAUUGAAGCUGUUCUGGCUCGUGGUGGCCCAACGCCCUAUUAAGACGCUUUAUGUUGGUGUUUCCUUUGUUUUGGCAGUUACCUGUAUGUUGCAAUGUAAAUGACCAGACCGUGUAUGUCUGGUGUAUGUGUCUGGUGUGUGUGUGUCUGUGUGCCUGUGUCUGUGUCUGUGCCUGUGUGUAUGUCCAGGCCAUGCAUACAGGAAAUGUGAUGUCAACGGUUCCUGGGUUUCUGUGGAGUGGUUGAACCGAACGUGGUCCAAUUAUUCUGACUGCUUAAGAUUCCUUUUACCUGGUCAAGAGGAGGAAAAGGUAAUCCCAAUCACCACUUCAGUCACACCAAAGAUUCCAAUUAACAUUGUUGUGGUUGCAGACUUGACUCAUGACAAUUCUUGAGUUGCUCUGACUCACGCUAAAAGCGGAGCUACACUGGGGGGUCGGGAAAACAGUAGGUUUUUAGCUUCUAUGCUAGACGCCUACAGUGAGGGAAAUAAGUAUUUGAUCCCCUGCUGAUUUUGUACGUUUGCCCACCGACAAAGAAAUUAUCAGUCUAUAAUUUUAAUGGUACAUUUAUUUGAACAGUGAGAGACAGAAUAACAACAAAAAAAUCCAGAAAGACGCAUGUCAAAAAUGUUAUAAAUUGAUUUGCAUUUUAAUGAGGGAAAUAAGUAUUUGACCCCCUCUCAAUCAAAAAGAUUUCUGGCUCCCAGGUGUCUUUUAUACAGGUAACGAGCUGUGAUUAGGAGCACACUCUUAAAGGGAGUGCUCCUAAUCUCAGUUUGUUACCUGUAUAAAAGACACCUGUCCACAGAAGCAAUCAAUCAAUCAGAUUCCAAACUCUCCACCAUGGCCAAGACCAAAGAGCUCUCCAAGGAUGUCAGGGACAAGAUUGUAGACCUACACAAGGCUGGAAUGGGCUACAAGACCAUCGCCAAGCAGCUUGGUGAGAAGGUGACAACAGUUGGUGCGAUUAUUCGCAAAUGGAAGAAACACAAAAUAACUGUCAAUCUCCCUCGGCCUGGGGCUCCAUGCAUGAUCUCACCUCGUGGAGUUGCAAUGAUCAUGAGAACGGUGAGGAAUCAGCCCAGAACUACACGGGAGGAUCUUGUCAAUGGUCUCAAGGCAGCUGGGACCAUAGUCACCAAGAAAACAAUUGGUAACACACUACGCCGUGAAGGACUGAAAUCCUGCAGCGCCCGCAAGGUCCCCUUGCUCAAGAAAGCACAUAUACAUGCCCGUCUGAAGUUUGCCAAUGAACAUCUGAAUGAUUCAAAGGAGAACUGGGUGAAAGUGUUGUGGUCAGAUGAGACCAAAAUCGAGCUCUUUGGCAUCAACUCAACUCGCCGUGUUUGGAGGAGGAGGAAUGCUGCCAAUGACCCCAAGAACAACAUCCCCACCGUCAAACAUUGAGGUGGAAACAUUAUGCUUUGGGGGUGUUUUUCUGCUAAGGGGACAGGACAACUUCACCGCAUCAAAGGGACGAUGGACGGGGCCAUGUACCGUCAAAUCUUGGGUGAGAACCUCCUUCCCUCAGCCAGGACAUUGAAAAUGGGUCGUGGAUAGGUAUUCCAGCAUGACAAUGACCCAAAAGACACGGCCAAGGCAACAAAGAAGUGGCUCAAGAAGAAGCACAUUAAGGUCCUGGAGUGGCCUAGCCAGUCUCCAGACCUUUAUCCCAUAGAAAAUCUGUGGAGGGAGCUGAAGGUUCGAGUUGCCAAACGUCAGGCUCGAAACCUUAAUGACUUGGAGAAGAUCUGCAAAGAGGAGUGGGACAAAAUCCCUCCUGAGAUGUGUGCAAACCUGGUGGACAACUACAAGAAACGUCUGAACUCUGUGAUUGCCAACAAGGGUUUUGCAACCAAGUACUAAGUCAUGUUUUGCAGAGGGGUCAAAUACUUAUUUCCCUCAUUAAAAUGCAAAUCAAUUUAUAACAUUUUUGACAUGCGUUUUUCUGGAUUUUUUUGUUGUUAUUCUGUCUCUCACUGUUCAAAUAAACCUACCAUUAAAAUUAUAGACUGAUCAUGUCUUUGUCAGUGGGCAAAUGUACAAAAUCAGCAGGGGAUCAAAUACUUUUUUCCCUCACUGUAACAGCCUGCGUGAACAGUGUAACAGGCCUGUAAGAUAUCCAUUUCUCUCAAGCAGGACUUCUUUGACCGGCUGUACGUCAUGUACACCAUUGGAUAUGCGCUGUCCUUCAUCUCUCUUCUAGGGGCCAUUGUCAUCAUAGGCUACUUCAGGUAAGACAGCCUUGUGUCCCAACAUUUGGUCCUUUCUCCUGAAGUGUGCACUUGUGUACUCCUCCUCACAAAUAUUUGUUUUUUCUUAUACCAGUCAUUUCCUUUCAGUCUAUGAAAGGAAGUGAACAAGUGCAGACUUUGGGAGAAAGGACAUUAUUGGGGCGCAGAUGUAUAGCCAUAAGUAAUUUCAGGAGACGCAUAGACCAUUGCAGAACAGACAUGUUCCCUAGUAUCAGGGUUCACUUCAAUGAAACAUUUUCUGAAACAUUUUCCACCUGUGUAAAUGCCACUGAUGUCAUACAGCACUGGGCCUCAUCUGUUCAUCACCAUUUUCCAAAAACAGCCUCACAAUAAAUGCUAAGUAAAAAUAAAUAUCCUGGCCAAUCCUCUUGACUCAUCUCCAAAUUCUCUGGGAUAUGCCAUCACCAAGAUGAAAAAAAAUAUGCAUUACCUGAAGACCCACUGGGCACACCAUGUCAUUUCAACGUGGAAAUUUGGGUAAUAUUUGGUUGAGACGUUGAUCAAUGAGAUUUCAAUCUUUAUUCACCCACUCAAAAAAACUGCCAGAGGUUUGUUGAAUUCCCAAUGUGUUAUCACUAUGCUUUCAACCAUCUAAAAGCACAACCAAAUUCCAAUGGAAAAACAAUGUUUUGGGACACUGUAAAGUCCAUGGAGAAUAAGAGCACUUCCUCCCAGUUGCCCACUGCACUGAGGCUAGGAAACACUAUCACCACCGAUAAAUCUACAAUAAUCGAGAAUUUCAACAAGCAUUUUGCUACAGCUGGCCAUGCUUUCCAUCUGGCUACCACUACCCCGGCCACCAACUCUGCACCCUCCGCUGAAACUUGCCCAUGCCCCCCCCCGCUUCUCCUUCACACAAAUUCAGACAGCUGACGUUUUGAAAGAGCUGCAAAAUCUGGACCCCUACAAAUCAGCUGGGCUAGACAAUCUGGACCCUUUCUUUCUAAAACUAGCCGCCGAAAUUGUCGCAACCCCUAUUACUAGUCUGUUCAACCUCUCUUUCAUAACGUCUGAGAUCCCCAGAGAUUGGAAAGCUGCCGCGGUCAUCCCCCUCUUCAAAGGGGGUGACACUCUAGAUCCAAACUGCUACAGACCUAUAUCCAUCCUGCCCUGCCUUUCGAAAGUAUUUGAAAGCCAAGUUAACAAACAGAUCACCGACCAUUUCGAAUACCACCGUACAUUCUCCGCUAUGCAAUCCGGUUUCCGAGCUGGUCAUGGGUGCACUUCAGCCACGCUCAAGGUCCUAAACGAUAUUAUAACCGCGAUUGAUAAAAGACAGUACUGUGCAGCCGUCUUCAUCGACCUGGCCAAGGCUUUCGACUCUGUCAACCACCGCAUUCUUAUUGGCAGACUAAAUAGCCUUGGUUUCUCAAAUGACUGCCUCGCCUGGUUCACCAACUACUUCUCAGAUAGAGUUCAGUGUGUCAAAUCGGAGGGCCUGUUGUCUGGACCUAUGGCAGUCUCUAUGGGGGUGCCACAGGGUUCAAUUCUUGGGCCGACACUUUUCUCCGUGUAUGUCAAUGAUGUCGCUCUUGCUGCUGGUGACUCUCAGAUCCACCUCUACGCAGACGACACCAUUUUGUAUACAUCUGGCCCUUCAUUGGACACUGUGUUAACAAACCUCCAAACGAGCUUCAAUGCCAUACAACACUCCUUCAGUAGCCUCCAACUGCUCUUAAACACUAGUAAAACUAAAUGCAUGCUUUUCAAUCGAACGCUGCUGGCACCCGCCCACCCGACUAGAAUCACCACUCUUGACGGGUCUGACCUAGAGUAUGUGGACAACUACAAAUACCUAGGUGUCUGGUUAGACUGUAAACUCUCCUUCCAGACUCACAUAAAGAAUCUCCAAUCCAAAGUUAAAUCUAGAAUCGGCUUCCUAUUUCGCAACAAAGCCUCCUUCACUCAUGCUGCCAAACAUGCCCUCGUAAAACUGACUAUCCUACCGAUCCUUGACUUCGGCGAUGUCAUUUACAAAAUAGCCUCCAACACUCUACUCAGCAAAUUGGAUGUAGUCUAUCACAGUGCCAUCCGUUUUGUCUCCAAAGCCCCAUACGCUACCCACCACUGUGACCUGUACGCUCUUGUUGGCUGGUCCUCACUACAUGUUCGUCGUCAAACCCACUGGCUCCAGGCCAUCUAUAAAUCACUGCUAGGCAAAUCCCCGCCUUAUCUUAGCUCAUUGGUCACCAUAGCAGCACCCACCCGUAGUCUGCGCUCCAGCAGGUAUAUCUCACUGGUCAUUCCCAAAGCCAACACCUCCUUUGGCCGCCAUUCCUUCCAGUUCUCUGCUGCCAAUGACUGGAACUCUGGAGACUCUUAUCUCCCUCACUAACUUUAAGCAUCAGUUGUCAGAGCACCUUACCGAUCACUGCACCUGUACACAGCCCAUCUGAAAUUAGCCCACCCAACUACCUCAUCCCUAUAUUGUUAUUUAUUUUGCUCUUUUGCACCCCAGUAUCUCUAUUUGCACAUAAUCUCUUGCACAUCUAUCAUUCCAGUGUUAAUACUAUUGUAAUUAUUUUGCACUAUAGCCUAUUUAUUGCCUUACCUCCAUAACUUGCUACAUUUGCACACACUGUAUAUAUAUUUUCUGUUGUAUUUUUGACUAUGUUUUUUACCCCAUAUGUAACUCUGUGUUGUUUUUAUCGCACUGCUUUGCUUUAUCUUUGCCAGGUCGCAGUUGUAAAUGAGAACUUGUUCUCAACUGGCUUACCUGGUUAAAUAAAGGUGAAAUAAAAAAAUAAAAUAAAAAUAAAAUGUUAGAAUUUUGGUUUAGUUGUCAUCUAAAUGUGUUAUCACUGCGCUUUUUUACCAUUUAAAAGCACAACAAAUGGGAAUACAAUGUCAUAUAUUUUGUAUUUAUACAAUAAGUUAAUGUGUUAUCACUAUGCUUAAUCUAAUAGCACAUCCAAAUGACCUGGAUUGCAUAUGAGAUUACAUGAAAAGUACAUAUUGCAAGUGAUCAAUGCUGUUCAAGAUUCUGCACAGAUUAUUAUAGCAAUUGUAAAGAUCUCCACAGACCUGCGACCUUUGCAUGCUAUCUUGAACAUGUACACUUUCUUUGAUUACAUAAGAAGACAUUUAUAGUUACAGUAGGCUAACCUCAAAAUUUGGCCAUGGACGUGUUACUAAUUUUAAGGUUGAAUAAACACUGUUACAUUAGUUUGUAAGAUAACCUUAACUUUAGGCUAUUUGUUGUAUUACAAAAUUAUUAUUGAAUUUUGUUUGGUUGACAACGCAGCCAAAUAUCAACAUUUUAAAGGAUAUCUAAUGCUUGGAUAGUUUCAUCUGAGCCACUGGCAUAAUCCUAUUCUUUAACCUUUAUUUUUGGUUUAGAAUCCAACAUAUAAUUUGUUAACUUGUUGAAAAGUUAACAGGCUAUUUACUGUAUUGCAAAACUGAAUUGUGUUUGGUUGUCAACACAACCAAAUAUCAACAUUUAAUGAGAUGUAUCUUUUGUGCCACUGACUUAGUCUGGCCUUAUUCCCAGUUUGUCUACAAAUUAAUAAUUGAUAUCUCCAACUCAACCAAAAAUCAAAGUUAAAGAAUAGGACUACCAUAAUUCCCUAAUAACAGAGCAAAACAUGCUUUGUACAAGUUAAAGAAUAGGACUAAAUCAAAUUAAACUUUAUUUAAUGUGCAUUUAAAGUUUAAUUAGACUAGAUUUAGUCCUAUUCUUAAACUUAGAUUUUUGGUUGAGUUGGAGACGUGAAUCCAACAAAUCAAUGCUUUUCAUUAUGAGUUGUCAAUGUCAUGAAUGCAAUUAGAGAAGAAAGUAUUACUCUCAAUCAUCUUCCCUCAGUAUUUCAUCACAGAUGCUAUAAAAAAACCACAGUACACUGUAAAACAAACUCAAAUGGUCUGAGGAAACUGAUUGCGGUGAACCAUUUUGAUUUUAAAAAACGUGGAAUUGAGUGUAUUUUACUAAAUUCAGGUUAUUUUAUUCAAUUCAGGUUACUCAAUGCAGUUAGGUUUUAUAAUGUAUAUGUAUUAACAGUACAUUUCCAAAUUCCUCUCAACACGAUAAACUAGGUUUGAAUGCCAAAACAAAAAUAUAGAUGCAUAGAAUUUCUCUCUAGGUUUCUACCUAUGUUUCUUCCUUCUAGAGAGUUUUUCUUAGCCACUGUGCUUUUGCUAAUGCUUAGCUUGCUCUUUGGGGUUUAGGCCGGGUAAAGCACUUUUUGACAACUGCUGAUGUAAAAGGGUUUUAUAAAAUACAUUUCAUUGAUUGAAUAGAUUGUUGAGUCCUGAGUGUUUUACCCCUGUCUGCCUGCCAUGCAGACGCCUCCACUGCACUAGGAACUACAUCCACAUGCACCUAUUUGUGUCCUUCAUGCUGCGUGCCGCCAGCAUCUUUGUCAAAGACAAGGUGGUCCACACCAACGGAGGUCUGCAGGAGUUUGACACAGCUCUCAUGGACAACUACAAGACCAUCUCUGCUAUGCCCGUUGACAACUCCCAGUUUGUGAGUACAAUAAUGUUCUUCCCUUCAACUUCAAGGUCAGUUUGUUGUAUGAAAUGCACUUCAAUGCUUGCUCUCAAGUGUCAUCGCAAAGAAAAAUAAAUAACAGCACAACAUAGGGGGGUCGAUAAAUGCACAUCGAAAAUCUAAAUCAAAUAUUAUUACAUUUACAUUUUAGUAGACACUCUUAUCCAGAGCGACUUACAGUUAGUGAGUGCAUACAUUUUUUAUACUGGCCCCCCGUGGGAAUCGAACCCACAACCCUGGCAAGCGCCAUGCUCUACCAACUGAGCUACAUGGGAGCGUACACAUAUUUACCAGAUGUUAUUGUGGGUGUAGCGAAAUGCUUGUGUUCCUAGAUCCAACAGUGUAGUAAUAUCUAACAAUACACACACAUUUAAAAGUAAAAUAAUGGAAUUAAGAAAUAUAUCAAUAUUAGGGUAAUCACUGUCGGAGUCCGGAGUAUAAAUAUAUAUACAGUACCAGUCAAAAGUUUGGACACACCUACUCAUUCAAGGGUUUUUCUUUAUUUUUACUAUUGUCUAUAUUGUAGAAUAAUAGUGAAGACAUCAACACUAUGAAAUAACACAUAUGGAAUCAAAAAAGUGUUAAACAAAUCAAAAUAUAUUUUAUAUUUGAGAUUCUUCAAAUAGCCACCCUUUGCCUUGAUGACAGCUUUGUACACUCUUGGCAUUCUCUCAACCAGCUUCACCUGGAAUACUUUUCCAACCAUCUUGAAGGAGUUCCCACAUAUGCUGAGCACUUGUUGGCUGCUUUUCCUUCACUCUGCCGUCCGACUCAUCCCAAACCAUCUCAAUUGGGUUGAGAUCGGGGGAUUGUACUUGAACUCUGUGAAGCAUUUAUUUGGGCUGCAAUUUCUGAGGCUGGUAACUCUAAUGAACUUAUCCUCUGCAGCAGAGGUAACUCUGGGUCUUCCAUUCCUGUGGCGGUCCUCAUGAGAGCCAAUUUCAUCAUAGUGCUUGAUGGUUUUUGCGACUGCAAAAGUUCUUGAAAUGUUCCGUAUUGACUGACCUUCAUGAGUAAUGAUAGACUGUCAUUUCUCUUUGCCUCUUUGAGCUGUUCUUGCCAUAAUAUGGACUUGGUCUUUUACCAAAUAGGGCUAUCUUAUGUAUACCCCCCCUACUUUGUCACAACACAACUGAUUUGCUCAAACGUAUUAAGAAGGAAAUAAAUUCCACAAAUUAACUUUUAAGAAGGCACACCUGUUAAUUGAAAUGCAUUCCAGGUGACUACCUCAUGAAGCUGGUUGAGAGAAUGCCAAGAGUGUGCAAAACUGUCAUCAAGAAAAAGGGUGACUAUUUGAAGAAUAUAAAAUAUAUUUUGAUUUGUUUAACACUUUUUUAUUUACUGAAUGAUUCCAUAUGUGUUAUUUCAUAGUUUUGAUGUCUUCACUAUUAUUCUACAAUGUAAAAAAUAGUAAAAAUAAAGAAAAACCCUUGAAUGAGUAGGUGUGUCCAAACUUUUGACUGGUAGUAUAUAUACACUGAACAUAAAUAUAAACGCAACAUGUAAAGUGUUGGUCCCAUGUUUCAUGAGCUGAAAUAAACGAUCCCAGAAGUUUUCAAUACGCAGAAAAAAUGUAUUUAUUUCAAAUGUUGUGCACAAAUUUGUUUACAUCUCUGUUAGUAAACAUUUCUCCUUCGCCAAGUUAACCCUUCCACCUGUGGCAUAUCAAGAAGCUGAUUAAAUAGCAUGAUCAUUACACAGUUGCACCUUGUGCUGGGGACAAUAAAAGGCCACUCUAAAAUGUUGUCGUGCCAUUCAUCCGCCGCCAUUACCUCAUGUUUCAGCAUGGAUCUAUACAUAAUUCCUGAAAGCUGAAAAUGACCCAGUUCUUCCAUGGCCUGCAUACUCACCAGACAUGUCAGCCAUUGAGCACGUUUGGGAUGCUCAGGAUCGACGUUUACGACAGCGUCUUCCAGCAACUUCACACAGCCAUUGAAGAGGAGUGGGACAACAUUCCACAGGCCACAAUCAACAGCCUGAUCAACUCUAUGCGAAGGAGAUGUGUCGCGUUGCAUGAUGCAAAUAGUGGUCACACCAGAUACUGAUUGAUUUUUAUGAUCCAUGCCCCUACUUUUUGCAUAUCUGUAUUCCCAGUCAUGUGAAAUCCAUAGAUUAGGGCCUAAUGAAUUUAUUUCAAUUGACUGAUUUCCUUAUAUGAACUUUAACUCAGUAAAAUUGUUGCAUGUUGCAUUUAUAUUUUUGUUCAGCUGUGUGUGUAUAUAUAUAUGUAUACGAUGGCAUGUAUAGACAUUACGGAAAUUAUGGAUAGUAUGUGGAUAGAAUAGUAUUUGUACAGCAAUAGUUAAAUAGGAUAGGCCUUGACUAUAAUACAGUGUAUACAUAUGAAGUGGUUAAAACAGUGUUCAAUUUCUAUGUACUGUACAUAGGGCAUCAGCCUCUAAGGUGCUGGGUUGAGUAACCGGGUGGUAGCCGGCUAGUGACAGUGACUAAAGUUCAGGGCAGGUUCUGGGCAGAGGCCGGCUAGUGGUGACUAUUUAACAGUCUGAUGGCCUUGAGAUAGAAGCUGUUUUUCAGUCUCUCGGUCCCAGCUUGGAUGCACCUAUACUGACCUCGCCUUCUGGAUGAUAGCGGGGUGAACAGGCCGUGGCUCGAGUGGCUGAGGUCCUUGAUGAUCUUCUUGGCCUUCCUGUGACACUGGGUGCUGUAGAUGACCUGGAGGGCAGGCAGUGUGCCCUCGGUGAUGCGUUGGGCAGACCGCACCACCCUCUGGAGAGCCCUGCGGUUGCGGACGGUGCAGUUGUCGUACCAGGCGGUGAUACAGCCUGACAGGAUGCUCUCAAUGGUGCAUCUGUAAAAGUUUGUGAUAGUCUUAGGGGCCAAGCCGAAUUUCUUCAGCCUCCUGAAGAACUGUCUGUCUGUGUGGGUGGACCAUUUCAGAUUGUCAGUGAUGUGUACGGCGAGGAACUUGAAGCUUUUAACCUUCUCCACUGCGGCCCCGUCGAUGUGGAUGGGGGCGUGCUCCCUCUGCUGUCUCCUAAAGUCAACGAUCAGCUCCUUCGUUUUGUUGACGUUGAUGGAGAGGUAAUUUUCCAGGCACCACUCCGCCAGGGCCCUCACCUCCUCCCUGUAGACUGUCUCGUUGUUGUUGGUAAUCAGGCCUACCACUGUUGUGACGUCAGCAAACUUGAUGAUUAAGUUGGAGAUGUGCGUGGCCACGCAGUCAUGGGUGAACAGGGAGUACAGGAGGGGGCUGAGCAUGCACACUUGUGGAGCCCCUGUGUUGAGGAUCAGCGUAGUGGAGGUGUUGUUGCCUACCGUCAGGAAGUCCAGGACCCAGCACAGGGUUCAGACCCAGGGCCCUGAGCUUAAUGAUGAGCUUGUAGGGUACUAUGGUGUUGAAGGCUGAGCUGUAGUCAAUGAACAGCAUUCUUACAUAGGUAUUCCUCUUGUCCAGAUGGGAUAGGGCAGUGUGCAGGCGAUUGCGUCAUCCGUGGAUCUAUUGGGGCGGUAUGCAAAUUGCAGUGGGUCUAGGGUGUCGGGUAAUGUGGAGGUGAUAUGUGUUCCUUAACUAGACUGCACUUCAUAAUGGCAGAAGUGAGUGCUAUGGGGCGAUAGUCAAUUGUGUUGUUUCCCGCCAUUCGUUCAUUUUGGUACUCUGAUUAUCAGCUGUAGUCAAACACGUGAGUCUAGAAAGACAAUUCUCUUCAGUGUGCAGCGAAUUCAUCCUAGUGAAUGUAUAUUAGAUAUAUGAAAUCCUGGCGUUUACAGCAUACAUUUUAGAAAUGUCACAUACUAUAUAUCUUUCGGUUUUUGCAUACCCAAUCAGAGUACUAUUUAGAACGCAAGUAGGGGUAUUCAGACAGGCCCAGAGACUUGUCUUUUUCCAUAUUUGUAUCUUUAUUUAGAUAGUUCAGAAUGUAGACGUAUAGUUUGUGGAGGGGAGAAAGUGGCUGGGGUGGGGAUUCAAACCCAUGUCACUCCUAUACGUGCAUGUAGAUCGCUGCCGCAAGUAACCAAUGUUUUUGAUAAUGUUGAGGACCUUGCGGUGGCAACGCCAUAGGACUUUAACAGAAAACAACACUGCAUCAGUCAUUUUCUGUGUCGUCCUCAUAAUCCUUAGCUUGAACUGAACUCUCUAUACAAAUAUCCAUCAUCACGACAGACCAACAUCAGGUAAAGAGAAUAACAUUCAAAGGUUUUUCUUUUCCGAGAACUUAAUUUAUUAUUACUAGAAAAACAUACUAUUUAGUUAACUAUCUAGUUUGUAUUACUAGAAAAACAAAUACUAUUCACUCAGCAGGUAAAUCAUGACAAACAUAAUACAGAUGUGACAAUUUGUGCAUAGAUGAACAAACAUCUGUUUGCAGCUAAAACUGUAGGCACCAACACAUCUGAUAUCCAUACUAUGACUAAUAAUUCAAUCAGUCGGGAUAUGUUUUGCCGUCACAAAGCAUUCUGUGUGGUUCAGCUCGUGUGGCUAGGCUAACAAUCACAUCCUUUCAUUUGUGCUUUAUUGACAGAUAGAUUAGAGUGGGAGAUAAGUGACGAGGAGGAGACACAGUGAGAAGGGAGCAUGCAGGGAUUGAACCCUGGUUGCCGGCAGGGGGGGUGCAUACUGUAUGUGUAUGGAGACGAAAGUGUUACCACUGGACCACAGCUCUGCACUACAGGAUGUUUUAACAAGCUGUUGUUUUUACCAGGUUGGAUGCAAGAUCACUGUGCUGCUCUUCAUUUACUUCCUGGCAACCAACUACUACUGGAUCCUGGUAGAGGGGCUGUACCUCCACAGCCUCAUCUUCAUGGCCUUCUACUCGGACACCAAAUACCUGUGGGGCUUUACCCUGAUUGGAUGGGGUGAGCUGCUCUGCCGUCUUAGAAACGCAUGCAGUCAUCCAAUCACCACAGCGCUCAUGUUGUUGAUGGCCACCUGUUAAUAUAGCUUUUAUUCAAAACAGGAAAAGCACUCACACAUAUCAGUUUGCUUGUUGCAGGUGCAUGGGAAUAAUUUAAUAUCUUAAAAGAAGAAAAAAUCCCACUGCUCUUGCCAGUAUCAAUUAAAUGUAUUCAGCGUACUGAAUCUUGUAAGAUCUUGAGACCGCAGUAAUCAUUGUCCUCUCUAAUUCCAGGUGUCCCUGCUCUCUUUGUCGCCGCCUGGGCUGUUGUCCGGGCAACGCUGGCAGACGCACGGUGGGUGAGAGUGACACUCAACCUCCUCCUUCACCUACCAUAUCCAUGUUCCACAGACACCUCCAGCAACACAGGAGAGGAGCCCAGCGUAGCAUGCAGGACCCUGUUGAGAUGAACUGCAUCAGCUGUUUAGGCUCCCCGCAAUCAUCUGGUUUGGAAAUAGGAUCUCCCGAGGUGAUGCAGUACUCUUGUUCUCAGUCACAGUCAGCGGCCUACUUGCCUUAUUGUUGCAGCUGUACACCUUUGACAUGACAACAUUACACUUUUUUUAGCCUCUUCUCACAGCCGCUGUGCAUGCGGAGCGCCCUGAGUCUGGCAAGAGAGACUACACGUUUGUUGCACGACGACAUACUGUUUUGAGAGCAGUAAGGAACUCCUGCAGUACAAAUGUACUCUAAUCUCACUCUCUCUCUCUCUCUCUCUAAACAGAUGCUGGGAGUUAAGUGCGGGUAACAUUAAAUGGAUCUAUCAAGUUCCCAUCCUUACAGCCAUUGGUGUAAGUGACAUCAAUUGCAGUAAAAAACAUGAUAAUGCCUCUCCCUAAUUCAUCAUUCAUAGCCAGAAUCCGGUAGUUUGCAUCCAUUACUAGAAAGUUACAUUGCUAACUCAUAUCUUGGUUUUAAAAAAAGCUUUUUAUUUUCUAUACAGCUCCCUAGUGUACAGUAUACCUUCCUCCUGCUCCUUAGUGGCCUAGUGACACCCUAG